AUGAACAGUAUGUAUGUGAUGAGCUCCUUGGUCCAGUGUGGGUUGGUGUUCGGCGCCCUGUUUCACACGACUUCUGCUGUAUCUGUGCGUGAUCGGUGCGUGGACCCGCCUGACCUGGCAGCCAGACUGUCUGUCAAUAACCCUCAUCUCCCACCCAGUCUAGAAACAGCGUACCCCACACCCCGACCCAGCCUACCCCUGUCUACCGACUGCCCGUCACACGUCCCUACAACCGGACCUAUCAGCGACCGGAGCAACUGCCCGUGGUUUUACGCACCUCAAACAGACACCUCCAGAUUUCCCAGCAUGCUGCUCCGGGCGGAGUUAAAAUGUGGAUAUUUCUGCAGACAGCCGAAACGAAACGGCCGCCUGGUUGAGAUGACGACAGGGAGAUGUGUGCCUAUAUUCGACACGGUGAGGGUGUUGAGGCACGAGGGGUGUGUCUCCGGCGUCAAGCAGUACAACAUGACGGAAGAGCAGGUGCCUAUCGCGUACACGUGCGUGUUCCCCAUCGUCAGGGGGAGCGGGACUCUACCACACAGUAUCUAUGGCUUCGCGGAGUAG